GACCACAUGAAACUGAGGCGGCGUCUCCAGUCACAGGUGUGAACACACGUGCUUUAAAUUUGCCAGGAGUUUAAUUUAGUUUUGAACAUGCGACGCUACUGUCACGGUAUGGCAGAAUGAAGAAAGCCUUACUCCUCUUCUCUGGCUUUUUAGCUCUGGCUCUCUAUGUCUCCUAUUGUGUUGUACACAUUUUACAAACAAACUCCACAUCACCAAAGAUGGACCUGCCCAUUCCUACAAAUCGUCACGUGGCUCUGGAUUCCACCAACGCCGUUGCACACCAGCGUGCUCCUUCAAACGACGCUCUGAUUGGCCCAGAGAAAUGGGCAUUUCUCUUGAAGGUCCUGCAUUGGCCCUCACCGAGCAAGGCCCCUUCCUCUCUCAUCGAAGCCACGGAUCCCACCAAGUGCUCCUACCAGGUGAUUGACCUGCAAGAGCAUUACACCAUCGGGGGCACUGUGCACGUAAGGGUGGUCACCAGGGACGGGAUGGGGAGGCCCAAAACCUACGGGGGAGACUUCUUCCAAGCCAAGCUCCACAACCCCGAGCUGAAAGCGAGCACCUUCGGCUCUGUGACGGACCACCUGAACGGGACCUACACGGUGCGGUUUGCUCUGCUCUGGCCCGGCCCGGCCCAUGUCUCCGUGCGGCUGGUCCACUCCAGCGAGGCGGUGUGGGUUCUGGGAAAGAAGAGGGAGGAGGACCCAGACAAGGUCUUCUUCCACGGCUACUUUGUGAACGGGAGCAGGACAGAGACGAUGGUGUGCAACGCCCAGCGGAGCCCACGGCUGGUGGGGGGUGGGGAGAGCUGCUGCUGUGAGUUCAGGGACCCGGUCACUGGGGAGGCCUGGUUCUGCCGGCGCCCCCCCUCCCUGCCCUGCCACACACUCACCCACCACAGCAUGGGCGGCUACCAGGCCAAACUCUCCACCCUCGAAACUGCCCUCCUCCACAAAAGUCGCACGGACAUCAUUGUGCCAGGAAGUGACCCUGUAAUAGAUGUCCUGCCAAAGGGCACAGCGAAACGGGAAGUCAGGGAGUGUGAGCCAGGUUUGGACACCCCAGUACCGGCCGGGUUCUACUUCCAGGACCAGUGGACCUCACUGCUCUGCCGCUCCCAGGCCUUCCCGACAGGGGACCUGUUGGCGUCUUGUCUGAGGGACAAGCAAGUCCUGAUGAUGGGGGACUCCACCCUGCGACAGUGGUUUUCCUACCUGACGAGCACAGUGCCCACCCUGAAGAGCUUGAAUCUCCACACCUCUGCCAAGUCAGGCCCUCUACAGGCGGUGGACCCUGAGAACAACAUCGUGCUGGUGUGGCGAGCCCACGGGCUGCCCCUGCGGACCGACCUCACCCCGCUGUCGGACCUGCACUACAUCGGCAGGGAGCUGGACGGCCUGGCCGGCGGGCCCCACACCGUGGUGGUCUUCAACAUCUGGGCGCACUUCACCACCUACCCGCUGGCUGUCUACGCCCACCGGCUGGCCACCAUCCGCCGCGCUGUGCAGGACCUGCUCCGCCGAGCCCCCCGCACCCUGGUGGUUAUCAAGUCGGCCAACACCGGCUACAAGGACGUGUACGGCAGCGACUGGCUGUCUUGGCAGCUGGAUCUGAUGCUCAGAGCCAUGUUUAGGGGCCUGCCCGUCGUCCUGAUCGAUGCCUGGCAGAUGACCUCCUGCCACUACUCACCUGACAACAUCCACCCACCCCAAGUGGUCAUCAAGAACGAGGUGGACCUCUUUCUGUCGUUUGUCUGCCCCCGGUGA